AUGUUCUCGUCACACCGACGAAGUUCCCUGAUUUGCCUCGCGUGGAGCGCCAUCGCUCUCGCUUCUCCCACUUCCACCAGCUUGGAGGUUAGAGUGGAAGCACCGAUCGUUGAUCUUGGCUAUGCGCAGUACCAGGGCACGUACAACGCGACGGAUAAUCUCACUAGUUUCCUGGGCAUACGUUAUGCAGCGCCUCCCACAGGUGCCUUGAGAUGGAUGCCUCCACAGGUCCCAGCCUAUGUCGCGGGCGUCCAGCAGGCCGACACCAACCCGGAUAUGUGCUACCAGACCAACUAUGGGGGCAAUAAUACCGCACCUGUCCCACCGUAUGGCCUCACUGGCACUACUGGUCCGUUGAGGAAGCGGGCAGACGCCACCCCAGCUGCGUCAGAGGAUUGUCUAUACCUGAACGUAUUCACGCCGGGCGCUACGCUUCCAGCGGAGCCGACCACGACUGACGGUUUGCCCGUGCUGGUCUGGAUUCACGGCGGAGGAUACGAAGCAGGCUACGCGGCAGAGUUCCCUGGCAAUGACCUCCUUAUUGACUCCGACAACCAGAUGGUUGUAGUGGUUAUGCAGUACCGUUUAGGUGUUUUCGGUUUCCUUUCCAGUAACGAGAUCAAGGCAGGAGGAGCAGUUAACGCUGGACUUUUGGACCAGACGUAUGCUCUUCAGUGGGUACAAGAAAAUAUCGGCAAGUUUGGCGGAAACGCAGCGCAUGUCACGAUAUGGGGCGAGUCAGCAGGCGCCGGAUCCGUGCUGCAGCAUAUGGUGGCAAAUGGUGGUAACACUCAGCCGCCUUUGUUCAAUUAUGCUAUUACGAGCUCGACAUUCCUGCCAUCGCAGUAUUACUACAAUGACCGUGUUCCCGAACUUCUGUACAGCGAAGUGCUGAAUUACACAGGGUGUACGACAGCUGCUGAUACUCUGUUCUGCCUCCGAGAAGCGGAUGUGACGACGCUUCAGACUGCCAAUUAUAAUCUGGCUUCAUCAAGCGCAUUCUAUGGCACCUACGUCUUUGUUCCUGUGGUUGACGGUGAAUUCAUCCAAGAACGACCUAGUGUCACCAUCGCCGGCGGAAAACUGAACGGGGAUUUGUACUUUGCUGUCGGCAAUAGCCAUGAAGGCAACAUCUUUGUGAACCAGACCGAGGCGUACAUGCCGGCGGAAUACGUUGCCAACCUAUUCCCGGAUAUGACGCAGGAACAAGUUGAGCAAGCAGCUUACCUGUAUAGUGACAUGGGCACCCCUAUCGAACAGGCAAACUGGAUCAUGGGCGAUUCUAUUUUCGUCUGUCCUACCUAUUAUCUACUGGCUGCCUACCCCGGGAGAUCGUGGAAGGGACUCUUCGCUAUCCCACCCGGGUAUCACGGCAAUGACGUGAUAUACUACUUUAAUGGCACUGCGCCUCCGUACAACAAUCCUACGUUCAUCAACGCCUUUGCGCAGUCGUUCAUGUCGGUGGCCAUGUAUGGUAAUGUGAACCAAAAGUACGACCCCACGAACAUCACGCCGUACUGGGAAGAAUAUUCGGCCGGCAACUUCGAGAUGCUGUUCAACGAGACCGAGUCCGGCGCUCCCCUUGUUGCGCCGUUUACCACCGACCCCGGCCUCAUUGAACGUUGCGCGUUCUGGCGCGGUGUUACUGCAAACACCGCCCAGUAG